AUGACGCUCACUGCAACAGCCGCGACACUGGCUCUUUUCUCCACGUCUUUGGUUCAGGCAUUGCCCAGAAGCCUCGUGCCAAACGGCCCCGGAGGCGCCCUCCCUAUUCGCGAUGUCGCUCGCCUUGCCGAGCUCGAAGCUCUGCACAAUGAGACUCUCGCAGAUCUCAAGGCAGGCCACUUCAGCACGAUCCAGCGCCGGGGUGAGCAGGCGCUCGACAACGAUAUCGAGAAGCGCAACCCGGAAGUGCUUGCAGGCAUGCUCCUUUCAAGUAGACUUAGCGCAGAGAUUAUAAAGAGGAUCUACAAAAACCUGAAGGACGUGUUCGACACAGACAACCAUGAGACCUGGUUCAAUGAAAACAGAUGUCGCACAUCUUUCAGGACCAAUGGCGGGGUUACCGAGGGGAUUUGGUCUUAUGACAAGGGUUUCGGAUAUCGAGAUCCUUCUGGCAGUCAUGUGUUCGAGGCUGCCUGGAUUGAUCCAGAGAACAAUGAUCCACCUGUACACUACUAUUCUGACAAGGGCAUCGGAGAUUUCAGUGUUCAGUUCACUGCGACAGACAGUUAUGCCUGGGACGGCAUUGACGGUACCAAGAACUGUCCCUUCCAAGGUCUUUGCAACCCACAAUUUGUAUUCUACCGCGACAGAUACAACAUUAUCUUCAGUACUUGGUUCUGCUAUGGAAUGUACACCUCGAAGUAA